AUGGCUUUCAAGACUCUCUCCAACAUCGUCCUCCUCGCGGCCUCUCUUCGAGUUGCCAGUGCUGCGCUCACCAAGCGUGUCACUUGCUCAACCGGUCAAGUCACCGCAAACGCUGCCUGCUGCGCCCUCUUCCCCGUUGUCGACGACCUCAUCGAAAACCUUUUCGACGGCGGAGAGUGUGGCGAGGAGACACACGAGUCUUUGCGGUUGACCUUCCACGAUGCUAUCGGUCUUUCCCCCACUCUUGGCGGUGGAGGCGCUGAUGGCUCUAUCUUCACGUUCGCGGACACUGAGGUCAACUUCCCGGCCAACGCUGGUAUCGACGACAUCGUUGACGCCCAGACGCCGUUCAUUGAGAAGUGGAACGCAACCCUUACCCCCGGUGACUUCAUCCAGCUGGCCGGUGCUGUUGCUGUCAGCAACUGCCCUGGUGCCCCCCGUCUCCAGUUCUUGAUGGGUCGUCCUGUCGCCAAGGCUCCCUCGCCGAUUGGUCUUGUCCCCGAGCCGCAAGACUCGCUCGACAAGAUUCUCCAGCGCUUCAAGGAGGUCAACUUCUCCCCCGCCGAGGUGGUGGCAUUGCUUGCCUCCCACACUAUUGCGGCUGCUGACUUGGUUGACCCCUCGAUUCCGGGAACCCCGUUCUCCUCCACUCCUUCGAUCUUCGACACCCAGUUCUUCAUUGAGACCCAGCUCCGUGGCGUACUGUUCCCUGGUACUGGUGGACACCAGGGUGAAGUCGAGUCGCCCCUCAAGGGAGAGAUCCGCCUCAACUCUGACUCCGAGCUCGCACGAGACUCCCGCACGGCCUGCACCUUCCAAUCCUUUGCCACUAACCAGAACGCCAUGGCCAACGCGUUCAAGGCAGCAAUGGCGAAGCUGGCCGUCAUCGGACAGAACACCGCGAAGAUGAUCGACUGCUCCGACGUCAUCCCCGUCCCCAAGCCCGUCGUCGGCAAGCCCCAUCUGCCCGCCGGCAAGACCAUGAACGAUGUCGAGCAGGCGUGUGGCACUGCCCCAUUCCCGGCGCUCACUGCCGACCCCGGCCCAGCCACCUCCGUCGCUCCUGUCCCACCCUCGUAA